AUGGACCUGGACCUCAAGCGGUCCAUCAUCGCUGACCUCGACCGCUUCCUCAAGCGCAAGGAUUACUACAGGCGCCUUGGCAAGGCGUGGAAGCGCGGGUACCUACUCCACGGCCCACCAGGCAGCGGCAAGACCAGCCUCUAUCUUUUCCAGCGUCAGCAGAGAGAGGGCAUAACACUGUCCGGGCUGCUCAACUUCAUCGACGGGCUGUGGUCGACCAGCGGCGAGGAGAACAUCAUCGUCUUCACCACCAACUACAAGGACCACCUCGACCCAGCACUGCUCCGGCCGGGGCGGAUGGACAUGCACGUCUACAUGGGCUACUGCGGCUGGGAGGCAUUCAAGACGCUGGCUCAGAACUACUUCCUCGUCGACGACCACGUGCUGUUCCCAGAGAUACAGGAGCUGCUCUCGGCAGUGGAGGUGACGCCGGCCGAGGUGUCGGAGAUGCUGCUACGGAACGAGGACGUCGACGUCGCGCUCCAGGGACUCAAGGAGUUCCUCGAGGAGAAGAAGCAGGGGAAGCAAACAUGA